CCUCAGUGUCAACCCCCUUCUCAAAACUUGUAUUUGCACCUCAGUCCCUGCCGGUCUGCCCGGUCGCCGCCUCGCCGGAGGAAGCCCCUCGUCUCCUUGCCCUGCGGCGGGUUCAUGGGGUUCUCGCUGUACCCCAUGAAGACGUCCACGCGGAUGCUCUGGAGCACUAGCUUCUUCCGCCAUAAGCUCAGCUCCUCCUCCUGCUUCCUCUGAGGACGCCCCACCCGCCUCGAUCGCUUCGGCGGCGGGCCGCUGCUGCUGCGCUGUCCUAGCAUCCGUUCAAGUGUGUGUUUGCGUUCUUAGGUUUCAAGAUUGGCUUUUGUUGCGUUCUUGGCGAGACGAAGGGACUAGGGCGCGGACAAAGAAUCAGCAUGCAUCCGAGCGCGGUCAGUUUCGACUCCGGCGACGGGCGGCGGCGCGGUGGCGCGCAGAUGCUGCUCUUCGGCGGCGGAGGCAGCGCCAACAGCAACGGCUUCUUCCGAGGUGUUCCGAUGGCGGUCCUGGCCAUGGACGACGCGACGCGCGUGGGCAAGCGGCCCUUCUUCACGACACACGAGGAGCUCCUGGAGGAGGAGUACUACGACGAGCAGGCGCCGGAGAAGAAGCGCCGUCUGACGGCGGAGCAGGUGCAGCUGCUGGAGCGGAGCUUCGAGGAAGAGAACAAGCUGGAGCCUGAGCGCAAGACCGAGCUGGCUCGCCGCCUGGGGAUGGCGCCCCGCCAGGUGGCCGUGUGGUUCCAGAACCGCCGCGCGCGUUGGAAGACAAAGCAGCUCGAGACCGACUAUGACCGCCUCAAGGCUGCCUACAACGCGCUCGCCGCUGACCACCAGGGCCUCCUGGCCGACAACGAUAGCCUCCGGGCACAGGUGAUCUGCCUAACAGAGAAGCUGCAAGGCAAGGAGACAUCCCUGUCGGCAACCAUCGCUGCCCAAGAGGUCGACCAGCCAAACGAACACACCACAGGCACUGAGAAAUUGCUGGCGCAGCAGCUCAAGGACGACCUGCACAGCAGCUGCGGUUGCACUGGACAUGGUGCCCUGUCUUCGGAGGAAGAGGAUGGUGGCGUGGUCAGCGAUGAGGGCUGCAACUUUGAUCUCCCCGACGCCAUGUUUGCUGUUGGGGUCACCAACCAUGGUGCUGAGGAGGCGCAGCUGGCCAACUGGACAUCUUGGUUCUGGAACUGAUCGGUUGAUGGAUGGAUGCAUCAAGUGCAAAGAGCAAAUCCUCUCCUGGUUUCGACUCUUUUCUGCAACAUAUAAUUACUGUGUUGAUUAUGUGCCGUCAGAUGUUUUCAAGUAAUGAAACAGAACUGAUGUUGUAAGUUUAUGUUUCUGAAGAUUUGUAUGUUCAUAUAUAUAAUAAUAUGCUUUGAACAUGAGACUCCAAAAGUUGAAAUAAGUGGAUGUGGAGACCUGUUGUGCACUAGCAGCCAGCAUGCGUUUUUAUGCUGCUUUAGACAUGAAAAUGUAUAUCCAACACAGGCCUGUGAAUAAGAUGAUGAAAGUAUAUCCAAUCGCUG